AUGUCUCAGUGGAGUCAAGUCCAGCAGUUGGAAAUAAAAUUUCUGGAGCAGGUAGACCAGUUCUAUGAUGAUAACUUUCCCAUGGAAAUCCGGCAUCUACUAGCACAAUGGAUAGAAAGCCAAGAUUGGGAGGCUGCCUCCAACAAUGAACCAAUGGCAACAAUCCUCUUGCAGAACUUGUUAAUACAAGUGGAAGAACAGUUAGACCGCGUUUCACAAGAAAAGAACCUCUUGUUGAUACACAACCUGAAAAGAAUCAGGAAGCUGCUUCAGGGGAAAUACCAUGGUAAUCCUAUGCACAUAGCCGUUAUUAUCUCAAACUGCUUACGAGAAGAGAGAAGAAUACUAGCUGCAGCAAGCAUGCCUGUACAGGGGCCACUGGAAAAGUCAUUGCAGAACUCUGUAGUUUCAGAAAGACAAAGAAAUGUGGAACACAAAGCAUCAGCCAUUAAGAACAGUGCCCAGAUGACAGAACAAGAUGUCAAAUACUUAGAAGAUCUGCAAGAAGAAUUUGACUUCAGAUAUAAGACAAUACAGAGUCUAGAACAGAAUGACAAAAACAGCGCCCUCAUUAAACAGGAAAUGUUGACGUUGCAGGAUAUGCUCAAUACCUUAGACUACAAGAGAAAGGAAGUUCUCAGUAAAAUAGUGCAGGUAAUAGAUGAAAUUGAUGUCUUGAUGAACAACAUGCUAAUUGAAGAGCUCUCAGAUUGGAAGAGGCGCCAGCAAAUUGCCAGCAUUGGAGGCCCUCUACAUGGUGGGCUUGAUCAACUCCAGAACUGUUUUACACUGUUGGCAGAGAGUCUUUUUCAAGUAAGAAGACAACUAGAAAAACUUGAGGAGCUCCUGACUAAACUGACGUAUGAUGGGGAUCCUAUUCCACUGCAAAGACCUCAGAUGCUGGAAAGAGUCAACUUCUUGCUCUACAAUCUUUUCCGGAAUUCAUUUGUGGUUGAAAAGCAGCCCUGCAUGCCAACCCACCCCCAGAGACCAAUGGUACUUAAAACUUUAAUACAGUUCACUGUUAAAUUAAGACUGCUAAUUAAAUUGCCUGAACUGAACUACCAGAUCAGAGUGAAAGCAACUAUUGACAAGAACGUUUCAACUGCCAGCAAUCGUAGAUUUGUUCUGUGUGGUACUCAUGUCAAAGCUAUGAAUAUGGAUGAAUCUGCAAAUGGAAGUCUGUCUGUAGAAUUUCGACAUUUGCAACCCAAAGAAAUGAAAUCAAGUGCUGGAAGCAAAGGAAAUGAG